CAUGACAGUUGAUGAUUACUGCCCCAAAGAAAAUAAGGAGAGACAGUGUAAAGCUUGUCAGGAGGACUGGUUACUCAACGAGUCUAACUGCUAUGAGAUUCAUGACGCUGAUCCUUCUAAUCAGAAAACCUGGGAAGAAGCUCGAGCAAACUGCAGCGGAUAUAACGCAGAUUUUGUUAUUGUACACAGUCAAGAGGAAAAGGAUAUGAUCAAUGGUUACAGCUGGGGUAAGCAAGAAGAGAGUGGAUACUGGAUUGGCCUGAGAGUUGAAAAUGGGAGAUGGAAGUGGAUUGAUGCAAGUGAUCUGUCUGUAGAGUAAGAGACACAUUCCUAAC